AUGGGCCAAUACUUUCGCCUUAUCGCGCCUCACCGUCGCGAGCGACUCAGUUGGUGGGGCAAGCUUGGUGAAAUCCUCUUUGACGGAUCCGGAUCUGCCCUUGUUUAUCACUUUGCUAGACCUGUUAUUCCUUCAACAUUCACGGGCGACGAGCCUAGAAAUAUACCCGCCGCUGUUCGGGGGUCAGUAGUCCCGCAAAAAAGACGACGGCAGUCAUCCCACUCACAGAAACUUCCACGACACGAAGUCGCUCGCUCUCGGCUCCAUGAGCUUCCAGUUGAGAUAAACCGCAUUAUUUUCGACUUUCUGGACAUUACAGAUGUCUUUAUCUUGGGCCUUACCUGCGAGAAAUUUUGGGCGAUAGCGAAAUCGAUAAUUGGACAGCGUUUUGCCGCCUGCUUGGGCGGUUGGGCUGGGACAGCCGUGAUCUGUGUCGGUGAUGAAAGUGACUGUGGUAGAAAUGUGGCUUACCCUGAAGGGCUGCUACUCCCGGAGGAUUUUGAUGAACUCCAGGAAGGGCUGGACUUGGAUGAGUUAGAGGACGGCGUGCCUGAUAAGUAUGCUGGGCAGCCUGUCAAUCUCUACAGCAUAGCCGAUGCUCGAUACGACAUCGUCGGAAAUUGUGAUGUAUAUUUUCCCCAAGACUUGCUACACGUCGCUCUUGAACAUAGGCACAAACAUCCUCGCCCGGCAGACAUUCUUGAAGUAGCACACCCGCGCGGUUCUACUUUCUACCCCGCCAGCCACGAAUGGGUUCUCAGAAACUUGACAACCCGAGAAUUUGUGCGUCCUAUGGCUGUUGCGUUGAAUAAGAGGCGCACUCGCGGCCCAUUUAUUGAUACACCUGGCUACGGUGAAGUUAUUCUUUCGAGGACGUGCUGGUCCACGGAGGAUAAUACGUCAAUGGCCAGAAAGGGGAUGCAUCAAGGUGUGUGGGCCGGGCAUGCUUUAGAUAUCGUUCCCUCGACUUACCUGGACAGUGGAGGCCCAUGGAAAGAUAUCAGCGAUGAUGUUGCUAAGAAUACCGCAGAAAUUUGGAAAAGCGAGUAUGGCGAGGACUAG